AUGGGGGCGCCCUCACCUGGCGAAACUUCGGACACAGAGAGGCCUCGAUCGGAAAGCCGCUCUGAUGGUACCGUCAGCCCUCAGUGGCACAGUGCGCAGAGCAAUAAUAGCGACAAGAAUGUGGAGCGCAGCAGCUCAAACCAUCGCCCGCGAACUCAAAGUGCCCGGAUGGUCGGCGACUUUAUCCGGGCUGGUUCCCAGGAGUUGUCGCGAGAGAUCGGCUACGUGGAGGGGAGGAUGACCCUUCUGAUGAGCAGCAAGCACGUGAUGCACCUCAUGGCGGUCAUCGUCCUCAUUGACGCAUACUGCAACUGUGCGGAUAUCGAUGCACGGGCUGAGGGGAGCACGGCGGACACAGCCAUCGUCGUCAUCUCCAACACCUGCCUGGUGCUCUACACUGUGGAGCUGGUUGUCAUGGGCAUCCUCAAGGGCAAAGGCUACUUUAAGGAUGGCUUUGUUCUGCUAGAUCUUUUUGUGGUCAUCUGUGGCUACACCGAGCUAAUCCUCAGUGCUGCAGACCCGGGCAAUGCCUUCAGCAGCGUUGGCGUGCUCCGUGUCUUGCGGCUGGUUCGUAUCAUACGGCUGCUGAGACUGCUCAGGAGGACCCGAGCCCUCCGAGAGCUCCAGAAGCUCGUCAUCAUGAUGUCCACCUGCCUUAAAGCUUUACUUUGGUCCUUCGUCUUCUGUUUCGUCAUCAUGACGAUCUGGGCCAUGUUAAUGGUAGAAUUAGUCCAGCCCCUAGUGAAUCAAAUGGGCCCAGGCCAAUUCGGCGAUUGCGCUGACUGCGUGGAUGCUAUGUCGUCCGUAAUGCUGGCAAACCUGCUGCUGUUCAAAACAGUCAUUGCAGGGGACAGCUGGGGCCAGAUUGCAGUGCCGGUGAUCACAGCUUACCCAGCGACAGCCAUCAUCUUCGUCGGCUCCCUGUUGACACUGGUGUUUGGGGUUCUGAACCUCAUCGUCGCGGUUGUCGUCGAUACCUUUGCAGACGCGCGCGAUCGGGAUAUCCUGAAUCUGGCAGAGGAGAUGGAGCAGGAUGUUGAAGCUGACAAGAAGUUUUUGGAAAAGAUGUUCAACAGAAUAGACAAGGAGGGAAGCGGCCAGUUGUCACUGGAACAGCUCAUAGAAGGAGCGAGGAAGGAUGCCGAGUUCCAGAGUCGCUUGCGUGUCAUGGACAUCGACGAGGUGGAUCUGCAACAGCUCUUUGACAUGAUCGACACCGACGGCUCUGGAACUAUCGAAGCACCAGAGUUUAUCAGGCCAUUGAGCCGAUGGGUCCACGACUCGAAGACGGCACCACGCUUCAUCAAGUACAACCUCAUGCGGACGAUGCAUCAGCAAGAUGACAUCAUCCAUCAGCAGCUUGAGGAUCGCGAGUUCCUUCAUGAACAGUUUGGCAAGAUGACAGAGCGAAUAGACCGGCUGUGCCAAGCCUUGAUCGAAGGAGACUCCUCUCCUUUGCGCAUGCGUGCCGCGCUUGGCACCACCUUCGAGACCUCCUCGAUGUGCAGUGUGCACACGACGCAGGAUUUCGACGGCAGCAAGAGGGAGAGCAUGGAACGGGAGAUUGUGGAGCAGCCGCACUUGUCGAAGAGGGUGCUCUUGAGCAAAACCUUGGCCGACGCCGAGGGAAGUGUGAAGCUGGCGAUGGAAAGACUGGAGCAGCUCGUCCUGUCCGCCGCAGAGGGAGCCCUAAAGCAGUCUACAGCCGUUCUCGAGACGUUGUUUCUGGAGGCCCAGUGUGGGCACACUGGGCCAGGUGGGGCGAAGCAGCAGACGGAGGCGCAGGUUGUCAUUCCCGUGGCUGGCCCUGUCGCCCACACGCGCAUCACUAUCGAGGACGUCAAGGGGUUCCGUGACUUUGCAGGUCCCAUCGGUUGGACGGACCUUUGGGUGCGUGAAGGGACGCGGUCUGUAUCUUCCGAUGGCUGGGUAAGCCUGAUUGCAUUAGCCCGUAUUGCUCUCCGGAAGGAACCUGUAGCGAUGUCGAAAGUCGUUUGGUGCAUGGCUGCGCUGGCUUUCCUCACGCUUCUGCAUGUUACGCUGAUAUCAACAACCGUGCUACAGCUCGGGAGUACGAAUCCUGUCAUGGUGGAGGUGGGUGCUGCGGUCGUCGCACAGUUGGCAAGAAACAACGGAGCUCAGGACUUGCCUCUGGUAUUCAGCAUGCUUCCACUUCGACAGCGAGCCAUGCCGUGCAUUGUUCUCCCGAUCACCUUUCCCUCCCAGGUCCAUGCGAUCAGGUUCUAUCGGGCCGUGAUAGACGCUGCCGGCUUGACUACGACUGCAACCUCGGCAGCUGGACUGGAGCGACGGGCUUGGGAGGGCGCUUGUGUGCUGGCCGAGCAGGAAGCCUGCGAGCUAGAAGCACUGGGCCAACCAGCCAAAGCCGAAGUCUGGCGCCGGUCUGUUCGUAUUGUGGGCACAGCCAGGCGAAACAUCGCCCACUUUGGUACUUCGUUUCGCAUGGAAGAUGUGCAGCGGCAUCGUGUGUUGCCAGCCACAUCCUUGCGCCAGACGACUCUUGCUGCUGUGCCAGCAAAUGGCUCUGUGUCGGAGCGGUCACGUGAUGCUGUCGGGGAAGAUCCUUGUGCAGAGAUUUUGGAAGUCUUCUUCAUGCUCUCUGAUGGCCAAACGCCGUGGUUGUCAGCGGAGACUGUGCAGCAGCAUCUUCGGCCAAAUGUCGUGGAUGUCUUCGAGGAGGCUGUCCCAGCUCUUGAGAGCCUGGGGAUCGUUCGACGGGCGGUAGACGGCCAACUACGUCUGGCGGCGUUGGGCAAAGAUCCCCCGGAACGAAUCGCCUUACAGAUUUUCGAGCAGAUACGAAAGGUUGACGGACGCGUGCUGGCCUUCUGCCUUCUUUCAGGCUUCGCACUAGGCCUGCUUUCCACUCUCCUCUGCAUCUUUGGUUGCCGGCGAUGUUUACUGGCGCUGCACGCAAGAUGCACCCUCCUUCGCUGUGUGGUGCUAAGUGGGCUGACCCUGGCGCUCUGUCUGGCCGGUGUGCUCAGCCUCAGUGAUGGCUGUCUUUCAGGUGGUGGCAACUGUCAUCUGCUGGCUGGAGUGCAGAAGCUUUGGAAGCAGGGCCACAGGACCUUGAUGCUUCUCCUGCUUUCCUUCGGCUUGGGGGCUUUCAGCGCGACUGUUUCGUCCUGUGCGGACCAGAGGGCAAAGCCCUACCUUCCUGUCACCGAGACCCAGGUGGAGUCUGAGGCGCGAGAAGCUGCAUCGGGCCGGUUGUGCACAUGUCAGUCUCGGCUGUGCAAGGUACGAAUGGGCGUCUUCACCUGCCUCGUGCUCUCGGUUGCCGCGACCCUGGCAUUUAGCCUCUACCGCGCCUACAGGGGGACCUGCCAGCUGGCAGCGGACCUCCAGGAUCUUCGAAUCAUCUACAUCACACGCGCGCAGCCCCGGAAGUACGGGACGCGCUUACAGGGCCAGUUGGAUACCUGGAUGAACGACAUCCCCAGGGAGGACCUCUUCGUGACGUCCUUCACUCUUGUAGCAGACAAAGAGCUCGCCAAGAGGGACAUGGAGUCCGUUCAUGAGUUCCGUUGCCCGGACAACCACGAUAUGGGUGUCUGCUGUGUCGAGGCCAACGCACUCAUCCAGAUGCAGAACCGUACUUUCGACUGGGUCUUCAUUGUGGAUGAUGACGUUUACGUGGUGGUCGACAACUUAAGGCGCGUGCUCGCCCGCCUUCAUCCCCGAUCGGAGCUGCAGACAGCGGCUUUGGGAUAUGGCAUCACAGGCUGUGUGACGAAGGGCCGUCCGUGUGGCUUUUGCGGUGGUGGUGGCUACGCCUUGAGUGCGAAGGCUGUCCAGGUGCUGCUUGGCGACGACACGGAGAAGUUCAUGCAUAGGUACAUGAACGACUGUCAGAGAACGCGCUACUGCGACGUCACCACAGAGUGUUUGGCUGAGCAGAAUGGCACCAAAGUCUUCAAGAUGCACGGCCUCCACCCCUGGAGGGUCGGAAACCCGAAGUGGAACUUGACAGCUUUGGAAGGCUUCUUCCAUACUCCCAGUGGCACGCUGGAGGAGUGCCCCAUCAGCUUCCACUACGUGCAAGAGUCGCAGACCAUGCGGGCAGCGCAUGAGUUGGCCAAGAGAUGGGUGCCCCCCUUCGGCAUGGCUUCAAGCCGAGCUGCGGAUGGCAACUGGUUUUGGGCUGAUAUCGAAAACGGUGGCGGAAAACUAUCGCCAGGGCAGCCACCUGAACUUGGAGUUCGUCGCGCAGGACCAGAAGCACCGGGAGAUCCGGAUGGGGAUCCGAAAGCCCCGGAGAUACGGCCGCUGCUUCGCGAGUAUCUGCAAAACAUGUGUAAGCACAUCAGCUUUCGCUUCCUCUGCGUCGUAUCCGUGAUGGCUGCGGUGGGUAGGGCCUCGCCCGAGAGCUGGAGGGAGGCAGUGCGAAGUGCAACGGAUGCUGACAAGUGCGACGCAACAUCGCAAAAGCUGAUUGAAGUCUCCAUAGACAGCGACAUGCUGCAGAAGACGGGCGAUCAUAUGUCUUUGAUUGCCUUGGCGGCAGACCUGCAGCAGCACCGUCGGUUGCCGGGUCUCUCGAAGGGCUUGUCUGACCUGCUGGAUCAGAAGGCCAAGGGAAUUGGCAGGUUGGCAGAGGCUACAAGGAAGGCGCAAAUGACUCAGAUGUUGACGAGGGCCCUGUUUAAGUAA